UUUACGAUUGUCAACAAACCUUUCUGCGCAAGGGGUAUUAAUGGUCACCACUAUGUUUAGUGAAUUUUAAAAUCGUGAAGCAUGUUGAAAUGUUAUAUUUAUAAUAAAAGGGAUAUCAGCGACAUUGAAAGUAAUCACAUAUAUUAGUAGCUUUAUAAAUGGUUAACUAUUACCUUGUUGUACAUCUAGGACAUCACGAUGCUACAGUAGUGAUAAAUGUUCCCAAAGAUAGUGAUCUCUGGGAAAUGAUAUAUUCUCAAUGGCUAGAGCUUGCUAGAAUGCUGGGUAUAUCUGAGGAAAAUUCGCACAAGAUAUGCUCUGUAAAUAAUAAAUGGCCAUUGGAAAUGCUUUUGAAGUGCAAGAAAACAGAAGGAAAAAAUGCCAUCGCAAAUAUGUUAGUUGAAGAUUUAAAUCCCUUCGGCCGUCGACAAGAACCUAAAUAUGUGACAAACAACAAUGAAGUUUUUAAAGAAAAGUUCCUUAACGACGAUUACAACAUUCGAGAUGAAAUUGUCAAUACCCUCCAACGUUUUGUGUGGAUAAACGGACCUGUUGGAAUGGCUGAUCCAAACCAAGAGAUACCUUAUGAACAUUUAUUUAUCACAGUUGAUAAACGGGAAAAAAUGUCGUAAGACCAAAUAAAGGAAGAGAUUGUUUCUGAAUUUAAAUGGGAAGCGUCAAGAUUCAUCGAAUUACGAAGUUCAGCAUCGAAACCAUUAAAGUUAAAACGUUGUGGUCAUGUUCGUUUAUCAAAUACGUCUCGAGAUAUUAGUGAUAACAUUUGUUGUAGCUAUGAGCUGACAAUGUUCUGUCGUAAAGAUGAAAACUAUUUCGCCUCGACCUUUGCACAUGACAUCUGUAAAGGACAAUGGAUUCCCAUAGAAUGUUUUGUGUUGCUAUUGACCGAGGACAAACGUCUCAGCUAGGGUGAAGAAGCUAGAAUUGCCGGACAAAAA